UCUCAGCACUGUUUGUAGUUGCCGCUAUAGUUUCUGUCACUUGCAGCAACUUAAAUGCUGGAAGCAAGUCGACCCUGAGAGAUUUCUUUUCUAUGCACACUUUAUUUAUUUUAUUUUAUUUCCAUCUAGCUCGCACCAAGAACUUUAGGAUCAAUAUUUUCUAUUUAUAACUUCUUACUAACUUUUUUGUUGCUGUUGUUCAAGCUGGCAGUGAAGAAUGCGUAAGAAAGAGGAAACAGACAGGCUUCAUUAGUGAAAACAUGCAGAAAUAACUUAAGCCUAACUUUUUUUAUUUAUUUAUUGGAGUUUCGAAUUUUUUGGACUAUUAAUAAUCUAUUUCUCAGCCUAUAUUUUUCCAAGCGGAACUGAAACUGCAGGAUCCCAUCAUGUCAUCAUCAUCAUCUUCAUCAUCAUCAUCAUCAUCAUCAUGCAACUCGACUCAUCAUCAACAGCAACAGCAACAGCGGGCUAAAGGCAGCACGGGAUCCCCCACCAUCUCAUCAUCAUCAUCAUCAUCAUCACCAUCAUCAUCAUCAUCAGUCGUUAACGGCGCGAGCCGGUUGCUGCAGCCAGUCCGUGCCACGGUGCCGUACCAGCUGCUGCGCGGGAGCCGCCGCUCCUCUCCCUCUUCCUCCUCUUCCUCCUCUUCCUCGUGUGCGUCAGCCGGGGGCGACGUCGCAGCACCGAGAGCGCCCGGUGCCGCCGCCGCGAGCCCGACGCGAGUAGUGACGCCGCUCGCGCGCCCGCCUGGAAACGGAAGCGGCCACGGCUCCGCGGACUGCGCCGCCGGGCUGAUCGCGCGCUCCCCGCCGCCUGACCGCAAGGGCUCACCGGAGCGGCGCCCCGAUUCACCUGCUUUCCGAGUUGAAAGGUCAAAAGGCCAGCAGGUGUGGAUCAGACGCACCUCCUCUCUAGGCGCCAUCACCGUCCCCUACCUGACCGGCCAGUGGCCCCGUGACCCCUACGUGCUCUACCCAUCGUGCAUGAAAGAUAAAUCCACACAGACUCCUGGAUGCUGGAGUGAAGACUCAUCAGAGGGAGAGCUGAGGAACACACACCAGCGCUCGGCGUCCUGGGGCUGCGCCGACCAGCUUAAAGAGAUCGCUAAGCUCCGCCUGCAGCUCCAGCGCACUAAGCAGGGAGGAAGUCGCCAUAUUAAGGACGGUAGGGAGCUUCUGUCUCCCCUCCACUGCUGCAUCUUCAACACCACACACACUACCAGCAGCAUGUCCAGCCAAGCCACGUCUCCCAUGUCGAAGCCGGCACAGAUGACCCUGCCCAACAUCACUGUACCGAAACCGUCCAUCUCACGAGUGCCCAGCAGCAUGGAAGGCAUCAACCACGAGCUGGAGAAAGUCUUUAUUAAAGAUAACGGAGAGAAGGAAGAGCUGAAGGCAUUGGAGGUGCCUGAUGGACGCCGUGCCCCAUUUCCUCCUCAGCAGCGGAGUAGCAGUACGUGUGGUUUGGACUCUCAGACCCCGGCAGUACUCGGCCGCUCCAGCAGCUGCUCCAGCGCAUCACCGUGUCCGGCAGGAUCACACGACGGCAGCCCAUACUCCACCGAUGAGCUCCUCGACGACCGAGACAAAGACAGUGGCAGCAGCUCUCCUCUCCCCAAGUUUGCCUCUUCACCCAAACCCAACAACAGCUACAUGUUCAAGCGAGAGCCUCCCGAAGGCUGCGAGAAGAUCAAAGUGUUCGAAGAAACGACGUCGAGACAGUCCUCUACCACCCCCCUCUUCUCCUGCCCCGACAAAAACAAGGUGAACUUCAACCCCACUGGUUCGGCUUUCUGCCCUGUCAGAAUACCCGGCUCUGUGCUUCAGCACUCAGCCUCCCAAGCUGACGAAGAGGAGGAGGGAGGACACCCAGGUGUUGUGACCUCCUCGGCCAUGUACGCCCUGCUCCACCCCACUCAGGUCUCCAUCAGCACCAGCACAGACGAUCCGCCAGAAUCAGACGCUGCGUCUCCGUCCCAACAAGAGGCACCACACACAAACUCAGAACUGUGCAGUUAGCUCGAUUUGCCCAGAGCUGGUCUCUGUGGCACUUUGUGCCCUUCAUAGGUUGAAUAGAUGCCCCCUUUUCCUCUCUUUCUGGACUGAAACUCCACCGUCUGCAUGUCAUAGUGACACACAAGGUUCCGAACACAAGAAUUACGCUCCAGUUCAAUCCGUCGUCACAUCCGCCCCGUUUUCUUACGCACUGUUACUGACAGGGACUAAAAAGCUAAAAAGGCUAUAGUGUGCAAGUGUGCAGUCUGUUUUUGGAGCAGCACCACAGAAGCCGGUAAAGAUUAUAUAUAUAAUAAUACAUAUAUAUAUAUAUCUAUAUAUGUAGUAUUAUUAUUACUGUUAAAAUAAAGAGUGUGAGGGUUUUAUGGACCACAAAAUAUGCAAAUGUAGGUUCAAUGUUAACCUUAAAGGAAAGAAAGAAAAAAGAGUGAGCUGUCAUUUUUUUCUACAGAAGUCCCAAGAGGCCAUACUUUUUUUUUUUUUGACUCUGUCACAUUAUCUCGAGAUCACAAUCUGUUUUCUUGCAUAAAGAUCAUCCUUUUUGAUUAGCUUUAUUCUAUAAGCCUAAACAUUCAGUUUAUUGUCUCAGUGAAACCACUUUCACAGGAAAAAAUAAGUCAUUAUCUCAAGAAAAAAAAGCUGUGGAUAAAAGUUGAAGAAUCCUUGUUCAACUGCUUUUUCCCAGCACCUACCAGGUUAGGGAACAAACCACCAAGAAGUUAUGCUAGCUGUGCUUUCAGCCUUACACAUCAGCCUUACAUGUGACGUGCAAUCGAGCCUAGGUGAGGCAGGGAUAUCAGCCUUAGUUUUAUGAUUGCAAUUGAAAAAAGGUUUUAUGAAAUAUCCUGGCCAUCUAACUGACAUUAGCAGUGAAGGUUUGCAAAUUUUAUACAUACAGGUUUAAACAAUCUUCUCAGAAAUCUUGUCAGGUUAGCUCAGAUUAGCAAUUAUUAAAUUACAGUAAAGACAUUAAUGAUUAUGCCCUAAAAUCCUGUCAGAAAUCCUCUCAGAUUAUCUUUUAUUACUGUGUUAGCAGUGAAGAUUAUGAACAAUAAUGAUUAAGACUUACAAUUCCUGUCAGAAUUCCUGUCAGGUUAGCUAAUAUUAACUAGCUGGAUUGUGUUAGCAAUGAAAAUUAUGAUUAUUAAUGAUCAUGACUUAAAACCCUGUCAGAAAUCCUUUCAGAAUAGCUUAUUUUUGUGAGCUAGCUAAUCUUGGAAGGGAAGAUGAUAAACAUUAACAAUAAUGACCUAAAAAUCCUUUCAGAUAUCCUGUCAGGCUACCCCGGUAAGGUAGCUGGCUAGAGUUAGCUGUGAUUAUGAACACAUAAAAUGAUUUAAAAUUCAUGUCAGGUUAGCCCAUGUUAGCUGGCUAUGAAAUGAUGAGUAUUAAUGGUUAUGAUCUAAAAUCCUUUCAGUUAUCCUGGUAGCUCAUAUUAGCUAGCUGGUUGGAGGUAGCAAUGAAAAUGAUAAACAUUUAUAAAUAAGAUUUAAAAAUCCUGUCAGAAAUUCUGUCAAAUUAGCUAAUGCUAGCUAGCUGACUAGUGUUAACAGUGAAUAUUAUAAACAUUUACAAAUAUGAUUUAAAAAUCCUGUCAGAAAUCCUCUCAGGUUAGCUCUUGCCUACAAAGUGGAUUUUUUUUUUUUUUACAUUUUGUUUUGAGAAAAACAAAUCGUAAUUUCGAGUUAAUAAGGUAGUGAUAUAAUAAUCCACGGCCUCUUGGGACUUCUGGGUUUUGCUACUAUAUUCUCAUCUUAUUUAUACAGUUUGGCAUUGAGUUCUGCUCACACUUUUUGGAUUCGCUUUUUUGGUGUGAUUCAUUUUCUCACUGAUGUGGAUCUGAAUGAUUGCACAGCUUCGCUUUCUGUUGGGUGAGUGAAAUUCAAGCAAAUAACUGCUUAACUUAAGCGGGAUAACUCCUUUUUCAGCUACAACACAGAAAUGAUUGCGUUUAGUGGAGAAAAAAACGUUACAUCGAAAGGCUUCAGGAAGGGUUUAAUAGGGUCGGAUGCAUGUAUCUGAAAUUGAUCAUAUAUGUUGACGCUUACAGUGUCAUGUCUGUUUUCUUUUUUUUUUUUAACAUCCACAGUAUGAAUAAGCUCUCUCUAUCUACAUCUAUAUAUAUAUAUAUAUAUAUAUAUAUAUAUAUAUAUAUAUAUAUAUAUAUAUAUAUAUAUGUAUAUCUAUAUAUAUAUAUAUAGAUAUAUGGAUAUCUAUAUAAAAAAAGAUAAAAGCUUGUUUGAGUUGAGAACUGUUUAUUGCUUUAUAUAUGUUAUAGAGAAAAAGUGUGAUCUACUCUUUGGGGUUAUGUUUACAGUCUGUCCAGGUUUUGUUACUUUUAAGACAUUAAAUAGAAAAAUAGUUUUAAAAAAGGUAAAAAAAAAACAACAACAACAAAAAAAAGACAAUGCAUUAAAAAAAGCUAUAGUAUUGCACAGUAUCUGUUUAUAGCCCAGCUUCAGGUGUGAGUUUAAACUCAGGUAAUUUGCACACUAACGUGUGUCCUACCACCUUCUCCAUACACACACACAUACACACACACACACACACACUCGUACACACCUGAACACACACUCCCUCCACAGUCCAACGUGAAUCAGCUUUUUAGUUCAUAAAUAUUGCUCGUGACAUUCGGUGUCUCUUUUGAGUGUAUGUUAAAAGCUGCCGAUCCACUGACUGAAUUCUGAGGCCAAAUCGUUCAUGAUGACUGACAGAGUGAUUUAUAAGCAACUAAUUUGUAGCAAAAAUAAAAUAAUAAUGUCUCUGCGUUGAUUCAGGAGGUUGUGAGUGCACCGUGGCCAUUGGAUCUCCCUUCAGUCAGAUGUGGUUUUAUGACCCUGGUUUUAUGAGCUACAUAUGAGUUAUAAUGCACAGAUGUAUGCUUGCUUGGAUAUCCCUACAGUACUUUACAAGUUUGAAGUCGUAUGUUUGACCAAGUACAUUUUCAAGUAGUUUUGGCUGGCAUCGCAUUAACUGUAAACAAAUCAUCAAUACCACAAUUCGCAUAGACAACAUACAAAAUUACUACUUACUAAUAAUUUUUUUAAAUGAUUGUCUACUGUGGAUGCAACAUCUAUAUCAGCUGCAACAUAAAGUCAUGGCUCAUAGGAAAAUGACUAGCUCAUCAAAAAUACUAGUUUCUUGCUAGUAAUGAUGACAUUGUAGCCAUGGUUAUUGGCUCAUCUCAUAAUUAUGAUAUUUUUGACAGAACUUGAAGGACUAGCGAUACCUGCUUGUUCUGAUUGGUUGGAUGUUGGCGGUAUUUCUCCUGGGGAACCACAGAGACCAAAGUUUCUCCAGAAAUUUUAGAGACAGUGGAGAUCAUCUGCAAAUUGUAUCACAUUUUCAAGCACCAAAUUUUGUCACAAUAGAAGCAACCAUUCUCCAACCACCUACAGGCUACUCUCUAGCUAUCUCAUCAAUAAAACUCACCCAACUGAUGUGUGCACUAUAGCCAGAAUUUAGGGAACGUGUCCUAAAGUCCACAUCAACUUGUCCAGAAAAUAUGGGAGUAGAAAAAACUGUCCCCCACAACAAGACACUAUUCUGGCACAUCACUCAAUCAUUUAUUUUUUUGUUUAAUCAUCCCCUUUUAUCUGAACUGAGACAGGAUCUGCUAAACAGAGCUGAGAAGUUGAGUAUUUGAACUCACAAAGCUGUGAGUGUUGCAUGGAUCCCAUCAUUGUUUUGACCUUCCACUCUAUAGGUCUUAUUAUUUUUAAUGCAGGUGUGUAUGGGUCAUAAGUUUUCUAUUUAUUUCAGCCACAUUCACAAAGGCACAUUGCUGGGGAUACCAGCAGCCCUGGAAAG